AUGGCGAGGCGUGUUGUGGUCACGGGCCUCGGGCUCAUCACCCCCCUCGGCUGCGGUCCCCAUCCUCGUCUCUACGAGCAUUUGUUGCACAAAGCUUCGGGAGUGCGUCAACUCCGUGACCGCGAAGCCUACGAACAAGCCAAGGUGCCCGUACACAUCGCCGCCGAGGUCCCGGCCCUCGACCAGGACUCCGAGCUCGGCUUUGAUCCAGCUCACUACAGCUACCCACUCCAUCGACGCGCCCUGCCCCCUAACAUCCAGUUUGCCCUUGCUGCAGCAGAGCAGGCCCUGUGCGACGCCCAACUCACCACCCGAGACCAGCCCGAUUUGCAGGCUCAUGCUGGCCUCGACCCGACGCGCGCCGGCGUGGCCGUGGGUACGGGCAUCAGCGGCGUGCACGACCUUCUCAGCAAUCAGACCCUACUCCAGGAACGUGGUCAUCGCCGUGUGAGCCCCUACCUGAUACCCAACGCCCUUGUCAACAUGAGCGCGGGCCUCGUCUCCAUCCACCACAACCUCCAGGGCCCCAACCUCAGCGCCUCAACAGCCUGUGCCACCGGAGCCCACAGCAUUGGCGACGCCUUUCGUAUGAUCAAAUACGAUGAUGCCGACAUCAUGGUCUGUGGAGGCGCUGAAGCCUGCAUCCAUCCCCUCAUCAUGUCAGGCUUUGCACGAGCCAAAGCCCUGGCAUCAACCUUCAACGACACCCCCGAUCGUGCCUCACGCCCCUUUGACCAAGCCCGCGCCGGCUUUGUCAUGGGUGAGGGGGCUGCCGUGCUCAUCCUCGAGGAGGAAGCCCACGCCCGUGCCCGCAACGCACCCAUUUACGCCCAGGUUCUUGGCUAUGGUGCCAGUGGGGACGCCCACCACAUUACGGCACCUCACCCCUCGGGUCGCGGUGCCAUUGGCUGCAUGCAAGCCGCCCUGCGUGAGGCUCGACUGGAAGGUAGCGACGUCCAGUAUGUCAAUGCGCACGCCACCAGCACCCCGAUCGGGGAUGAAAUUGAGGGCCGUGCUAUUGCUCAAGUCUGUGGCCCCAGCGUUGCCGUCUCCUCGACCAAGGGUGCCACGGGUCAUCUGCUUGGGGCGGCUGGCGCCCUCGAGGCAGCCUUUGCCAUUUUAGCCUUGAAGCACCAAACUGCACCCCCAACGUUGAAUCUUGAAUCACCUGCCGAGGGUCUUGACCUCAACCUCCUGACCCAGGCCACGCAGCUCUCGCUAGACGUGGCCCUGUCCAACUCGUUUGGCUUUGGUGGAACAAACGUCAGCCUGGCCUUUGGCAAGGCGUGAUCAGGAAGGGUGUUGGCUCAGCCUACUUUGCCUUCUUGACCUUUUUGGUCUCGGUUCCUGCAUGCUCGCCGCUCUCGCGCUUCUUGUCGUGCCCACUUUUUUUCUUCUUCUUCUUGGCUUUCUUGGGGCCCUGGUCGACGUGGGCUGGACUUGUUUGGUGCGCCUCGGGGCCGGCGCUGGUCCCUUGGUGAUUGUCGUUUGCU